AGUGUGUGUGUGUUGUUAUGUAGAGCAGGAUGCUGUUUGGGACUAUGAAGACAAAGCUUUGGAUUAUACAGCUUGCAUCAUUACACUUUUGGGUGAGACUCUCAGCUUCAACGCCUUCGCCAACUCCCCUCAUCCCAACACUUACCCUGCACUCCAGGUCCUCUGACUCUGCCGUCCUGAUGUGUCGGACCCCCGGGGGCCUCAGAGGAGUUCAGUUUGCUUUAUACCGAGUGAGAGAAAAGGUGGAGUCCCGGGACGUGCCACUAGGGGCUGAGGAGGUGCUCUUCACUGUGAGGCUGAGUGAUGUGUCUGAGCGUGAGCUGUACUGCUGUUUGUAUAAAACAGUGGAUGGAUACAGCACAUUCAGCCCGUAUCUGCAGCUGGACCGGCAAAGAGACGCCGGUCCGAGUCGACCCGUGCAACCGAACCCCGACCCUCCCGUCCUGUCAGUGGCGCCCUCUAAUGGCCUGGUGAAACGUGGAGAUAUGCUUUCGUUCCACUGCUCCCUUCCACCUCCUCUGCCUCAGUAUCAGGCAAAUUCACCCAACAGCCCAGUGUCGUUUUUGUUACUGAGAGGAGCGGCGGCGGCGGACUUCAAAGGGUUAACGGCCGUCGUGCCCAGAGCUCAGUCCGGCCUUUUGUUGAGCCCAGAGCCGCAGCCGGGAGUCUUCAGCGUGGGCCCGGUGACAGGUGCCGAGCAGGGUCGGUACACCUGUCUGUACCAGGUCAGCCGGGGCGGAGAGCUGCACAAUUCAACCGUUAGUAAUAUUGUCCAAGUCACUGUCACGGAUCUGCUGCCGACCCCGAGUCUGGUUCUGGAUCAACAGUCAGACGUGUGGCAUUUGCUCUGUCGUGGCUCGCCUGCGUACCCGGGCGCUCUGUUCUCUCUGUAUGUGCUGGACCGUGCGCUUCCCGUGGCGUCGUACCAGGCCAAAGUCACCCAACAUCAGGCUGUUUUCUCAGUGCCGGUCCAGGACUCUGCGGUGACUCUGUAUCGGUGUGAAUACAGCGUCCUGCUGGGACGAGAGUGGAGCAAAUCAGAGCGGAGCCCGUCCCUGUCUGUGGCACAAGGAAACAGUUCUGCACCUACAACAGAUUCCUCGGGUGUGGACUGGCCCCUGGUUCUGGGCUCUCUCUCAGCCGUGGUGUUGUUCUUGUGCUCUUUGGCUCUGCUCAUCGUGGUGCUCCAUCGAAAAAUGAAGGCAGCAGCAGAGGCCAAACAGAGAAGAGAGGAGGCUCAGUUUUGGACCCGGGUUCAUGGUAAAGAUCAUGUUGUAGACCUCACGCUCCCACGCUCAAGUUUGUCCUCACAGGACUGGACCAGCGCUCACACAGACUCUGCGUCCAGAUCUCAUUUGUGGAAUCCCAUGUCGACGUUCACGGCUCCAAUCCUCCCAAACUUUUGACUCUCAGAGCGUUGACACUUUGCCAAAUCAGGUUCCGGCCACAGACAGAACAGGAAAGAUGAGUUCCUCUUUCAUGUUUUGGUAAAGUACAGCGACGGGAUAUGAGGUCGCUUUGAUUUUUUGAGCAACAUGUGUUUUGUAAAGUAUUUAUUAAAGGUGCUGUACUUGUAUGUAGGCGUAUGUGUACUUGUACUUAUGUGCAUUUGUACUUGUACUUACGUGUUUGUAAGGAUCCCAUUUGUGUGUCAAGAUCGUUGUAAACAUAGUAAUGUAACAUAGUAAUUACAAAUGGUUUUCUUCUGAUGUUCCCGUUAAAAAACAUUUCAUCACCGUUUCUACUGUUUGUUUUUCUGUGUACAUGUUUACAGUUUAUACAUCUGUUAAUAAUAAAUAUACUUUUUUUGUAAGU